ACGACGACUGGGAUUGGAAUCGUUCACCCACACACAUUAUUCACCAUCACUUUAUCUCGAGUCCCGUGUUUAUGUUAAACAAUUUGGUGGUGUGCAUCGCGAGCGACCCGGGGCUCGAUUUCGAACGAGUGCGGCGAAUAUCCCGCCAGUACGGGAGUACCCCGUUCGAUCCCGUCCGUUAUUUUAUUAUUAAGAGAGACUUCCCCAGAGCGCUUCGCGCUCGUCAAAUGUGUUGAUUUACGGUGGUGAAACUCCAAGACAACGGCAACGAGGACGACGAAGACGACGAGGAAAUUAAUCCCUAUUUCAUGAUUUCUAUCUGUUUUAUUGGUUUUAAAGCGAUUGAGAUUGUGAAGACUUAAACGAGUACGUGCGAGCGGGACGUUAACAACGACUUCCCAGUGAAGUGCUAAAUCUCGACUGAUUUAAUACUACACUGUACGAUGGCCGAAUCCAGUGAUUUGGAUCGGCAAAUUGAGCAGCUGAAAAAAUGUGAGAUUAUUAAAGAAGCUGAAGUCAAAGCUUUGUGUGCCAAGGCACGGGAGAUCCUAAUUGAGGAAAGCAAUGUACAGCGAGUUGACUCGCCUGUGACAGUUUGUGGAGAUAUCCAUGGACAAUUUUAUGAUUUGAAGGAACUAUUUAAAGUAGGUGGAGAUGUACCAGAAACAAAUUACCUUUUUAUGGGAGAUUUUGUAGACAGAGGAUUUUAUAGUGUUGAAACCUUUCUUCUUCUACUUGCAUUAAAGGUUCGUUAUCCCGACAGAAUCACACUGAUAAGAGGAAAUCAUGAAUCACGACAGAUAACACAGGUUUAUGGCUUUUAUGAUGAAUGUUUACGCAAAUAUGGCAGUAUAACAGUGUGGCGAUAUUGCACAGAGAUAUUUGAUUACCUAUCGUUAUCUGCUAUCAUCGAUGGCAAGAUUUUUUGCGUUCAUGGUGGAUUGUCGCCUAGUAUUCAAACAUUGGAUCAAAUUCGGACUAUAGAUAGGAAGCAAGAAGUUCCUCAUGAUGGACCAAUGUGUGAUUUGUUGUGGUCUGAUCCCGAGGACACUCAAGGUUGGGGUGUCUCACCACGUGGUGCUGGUUACCUUUUUGGCAGCGACGUAGUAGCACAAUUUAACUCUGCUAAUGAUAUCGAUAUGAUAUGCCGAGCCCAUCAGUUAGUAAUGGAGGGUUACAAAUGGCACUUUAAUGAGACUGUAUUGACCGUUUGGUCAGCGCCAAAUUAUUGUUACAGAUGCGGCAAUGUAGCUGCGAUAUUGGAACUGAACGAGCAUCUGCAAAGAGACUUUACGAUAUUUGAAGCCGCGCCGCAAGAAAGUCGCGGAAUACCCAGCAAGAAACCGCAAGCAGAUUACUUUUUAUAGAUGAACCGUUGUAGAGUACAAAAGAAACCAUCGGAAUCGCGUCAGAUUGACUGAGGGAACUUGCUUCUUCUUUUCUUUCUCUCUCUUUCUCAGAUGCAGUUUACAUCGAUCAUGAAGAGAAGUAAUUAAAGAUGAGCGACUGAUUGUGAAGAACAUGAUUUUCUAUUAUUUUUUAGCCGUGUGGCGACGCGAUCUUCGCGAUUACGUUAAAUCAAUUAUCGCACAUUUGCAUAAACCUGCGACAGUAUGUAAGAGCUGAUGUAAAAAAAAUAAAAUAAAACUCGCCUUUUUCCGAUUUAA